AUGGUCCUCAACCUUCCCGACUACGAUGACCUCCCUCCUGUCGAAGGGAUGCCCAAGGGCUGCGCCUGGGGUCUCUUCGACAAGGACGGGAAGAAGGACACAUACGGCACAUUGAACUUGCUCACGCCCGACGUCGUCAAGGCAGCAGGCGCGGAGGUCCAAGAUGGAGUCUCCGUUUCCCUCAACUGGUCUCUCAACGGCCUAUCCAAGCUUCAAGUCCCAGGACGUAAAAAGCUCGUCCAUAAGGUCCACACUCUUCAAUCCGCCAAGUUGAGUGAGGCCGUCGGGUGGGAUGAUGAGUUGGAGUUCAACACCCAGAACAGCAGUCAGUGGGACAGUCUAGUUCACUGGCACCAUCAGCCGAGCGGCCUCGCGUAUAACGGCUUCAACCCAACCCCGGAGGACAUGACUGCUGCUUCUACCGCCGAGAACAAGAUGCCUACCAUCGAUCACUGGCACACUCGCGGCGGUGUGGUGGGCCGCGGUGUCUUGAUCGACUACAAGGCCUACGCUGAUGAGAAGGGCAUUGAAUACCACCCUUUCGGCGGCAACCGCAUCACCGUUCAAGAAAUUGAGGCAGUUGCUGCGCACCAGGGCGUUGAGUUCAAGCAUGGCGACAUCUUCCUCAUCAGAUUCGGGUCAACGGAGGCUAUUGAUAGCACCGAGGCACAAGACAUAGGCCAAAUGAUGAAGGGGGGAGGAGGGUUGUCUGGUGUUCACGGCUCCGAAGAAACGGCUAAGUGGUUCUGGAACAAGCACUUCUCCGCCGCCGUGUCCGAUACCAACUCUUUCGAGGCAUUCCCUCCUGUCCACCCCGACGGCAGUCCUGCGGGCUACACGGAUCUUGUUCUGCACCCAUACUUCCUGAGUCUCUUCGGCAUGCCUAUCGGUGAGCUUUGGGAUCUCAGCCGUCUUUCCGAGUACUGCAAGAAGACCGGCCGGUACUCAUUCAUGCUCACAUCUGCGCCGAUGAAUGUACCUUGCCUAGUCGGAUCUCCGCCGAACGCCAUUGCUAUCUUCUAG